AUGGGAGCAGGCAAGAGCACCGAAGAGAAGAAUGAAGCAUCAAUUCUUCGUCGUCCUGAACAGGGUGAAGCUAGUGCUCUGUAUUGGGCUUGUCGAAACGGUGACAUCGACACCGUUCAAAAACUUACCGCGUCUAUUCCCUACGCUGAUAUCAAUUGUCUCGAACCGAAUGGUAGCACAGCCCUACAUGCAGCUUCUUUCUUCGGUCAUGCUAACGUUGUUCGACUCCUUCUUCAUCAAUACGGCGUUAUGCGUCAUCGGCGAAAUCGCCACGGUCUCACCGCAUACGAGGAGGCAGAUACUGACGAGAUUCAUUUACUAUUCCAUCGUUCACCGAAUUCACGACGAUUCUGCGGUGACGUCGCUACUGAUGAUAGGUAUUUGUUUACUUGGAGUAUUGACAAACAAACAGAAGACAAAGAUGACAACGAUGAGGCACCCAGCGACUGGCUUCAAGAAUUGAAUAAAGAAACGAUGACUCGCUAUAAUCAAGUGGCUGCCAAUAUCGGAAAAACGAUGGCUACAUCAUCGAUUAUACGAUCAUUGAUUCCGCGUAUAAUGCAUUGCAUGGAUCAACCCGGUCUUGCAUACAACGAAAGUAAAGCUGCAACAGAUGUACAACGCCUUAUUAAUGAGCACGUCACUCCAGCAAAUUCUGAGUAUCAGAAAGCAUGCGAACUUGUCUCGAAAUAUGUACGAACCAAGAAAGUUGAACAUCUCUUACGUCUUCAUUCGCUUGAAACACCCUUUUACAAGGUUCGCGGCAAAGAUGGAGUCGAUCAUUGCUUCCGACUUCUACUAUUUUAUAAACUAGAUACUUUGUACAAACGUGCAUAUCAAGGUCGCUCAUUUCGUGGUUUGACAAUGACUCAUAGCGAUCUACGAACGUAUCAAUGGGCUCUAAAGCACAAAGGUAGCAUUGUGAUAACCGAUAAUUUCUGUUCGACAUCUGUGGACAAGAACGCGGCUCGUGGCUCUGUUGACACUUCCUCUCCUGACACGAUUCAUGUUUUGAUGGUGUUCACUUUUCCAGAAAAAUGUGACACAGCUAUUCAACUCUUUCGUCUAUCUGACACUCUGCCUUCCAUAUCUGACUUUGACGACGAACGAGAGGUACUUAUUUUACCAAUGACAUCAUUUCGUAUUAUCAACAUUGACACUGGCAAAACAAGUGGUCAACACACAAUUUAUCUUGAAAAUGUUCCAACGGAAGGGGGACUUUUCGCAUUAUUAAAAGUCAUCUGGAAAUAUCGAGGAGAAACUUUUGAACAAUGA